AACGACACAUGCUGCGGCUCUGUGACAGGCUGGUAAUUGACCUUAAACACGUUUGAGACAUUAACAACAGGCGGUGGGACUGAGCUUCGUCUCGUAGUCCACGUACUCUGGUGUUUACUGAGCACCGUGCAUUGCGGAUUAUGCGUAAUUGCGCACGUCUGUGUCAAAUUCUCCAUUGUGCUCCCUGCCUGCGCUGCGUGGCAAUUCGCGAGAGGUGGACGGUGUGAGCAUUUCCAAAAAGCCCGAACCUCCACAACUAUGAGCAAUCCACCGAGUCCUUCGCCCACCCGAUGGUUCAAAGCGCUGCGGAGGACCAGGCUGGGCGAGCCUUGUUUGAAGACAUACCCUGUGGAGUGCGAGGACCUUCUGAGGAGGUCCAGAGUUGCCUUUCAAGCUGGACGCACCCUCAAGGAGAACAUCAGACUAGCUCAGCUGGAGGCUGUGGUGCGGAUGCUGGAGGAACAUGAGUGCGACUUUGUGGAUGCUCUUGGGAGGGACCUCCACAAGCCACGGUUUGAAACAGUUAUGUCUGAGCUGAUUGUGGUCAAGAAUGAGGCUCUUUACGCCAUCACCAACCUAAAGAAGUGGAUGCAACCGCAGCCCGUGGAAAGAAACCUGUCCACCACGUUGGAUGAGUGUCUGGUGAUCAGUGAGCCGCUGGGGGUGGUGUUUAUCAUGGGGACCUGGUGUAGUCCUAUCCAAAUGUGUCUGGUGCCACUGGUUGGAGCCAUUGCAGCAGGAAAUUGUGCAAUUAUCAGCCCCUCUGAGUUCACUGUCCACACAGCGGAGCUCCUCCAUCGUCUUGUUCCCUACUACUUGGAUAAUGAAUGCUUCCAUGUGAUUCUUGCAGGCAUGAAUGAUUUGCCUGAGCUGGUGGAACUCAAAUUUGAUCACGUUUUCUUUACAGGAAACCGAGAAGAUGGAAUUAGAAUUGCUCAGGCCGCAGCCCGCAGCGUCACCCCCGUCACCCUGAUUAUAGGAGGAAAGAACCCGUGUUACGUGGACCAAGACUGUGACAUUGCCACCGCCGUGCAGCGCAUUGCUUGGGCACGUUUCCACAAUGCCGGACAGAGCUUGGUGGCUCCCGAUUACAUUUUAUGCCACGCGGAUGUCAAAGCACGGCUGGUGCAGGCCCUGAAGUGCUGUCUGAUGCAGUUCUAUGGAUCCGAUCCCAGAGAGUCCCGCAGCUUUGGGCGCAUGGUCAAUCUGGAGAUCUUCAACCGCAUGAAAGACAUACUGUGGCGAUGUGGAAAAGUAUCCGUGGGUGGGCAAGUGAUAGAAGCAGAGAAGUAUAUAGCCCCAACAAUUUUGACAGAGGUGUCAGAAUCGGACCCCAUCAUGCAACAUGAGGUUUUUGGCCCAGUCCUUCCUGUUUUGACUGUAAACAGUGUUGAUGAAGCAAUUACCUUUAUUAAUAAGCAAGAGAAACCCCUCUGUGUGUAUGCAUAUUCCAGCAACACUAAGGUCAUUUCGAGGUUAAUGAGCGAGACCUCUAGUGGAAGCUUUUGCUCCAACGACUGCAUCCUGCAGAGUCUGAUGGUGGCGCUGCCUUUUGGUGGAGUAGGUGCCAGUGGAAUGGGUUCCUUCCAUGGCCGCUGCAGUUUCGACACCUUCUCCCACAGGAAAUCAUGCUUGCUUCGAGGUACGCGGUUUGAGUGCGUCACCUAUCUGCGCUAUCCGCCUUAUGAGGACCGCAAUCUGUCUCUAAUGACAUGGGCCAGUACCCUGUCCCAGAAGAGCCAGGGCUGGUGCCAGAUCCUGUGACUGUGUG